AUGUCUGAAGUACAAGGAACGGUUGAGUUUUCUGUAGAGCUACAUAAAUUUUAUAAUGUGGAUCUCUUUCAGAGAGGGUAUUACCAGAUCCGAGUGACCUUGAAGGUGUCCUCAAGGAUCCCCCACAGAUUGAGCGCCUCCAUCGUUGGGCAGACAGACAGCAGCAACCUGCACUCAGCCUGCGCCCAUGAGAACGCCGUGCACAGCCGGGUCUUUCAGAUCUUAUACAGGAACGAAGAGGUCCCCAUAAAUGACGCCGUCAUCUUCCGGGCUCAUUUGCUCUUAGAUGGAGAAAGGGUGGAAGAAGCACUAAGUGAAGUCGAUUUUCAGCUCAAGGUGGAUCUGCACUUUACCGACAGUGAACAGCAGCUGCAGGACGUGGCGGGGGCCCCCCUGAUCAGCAGCCGCACGCUUGGCCUACACUUCCACCCCCGGAGAGGUCUGCAUCACCAGGUCCCCGUCAUGUUCGACUAUUUCCACCUGUCAGUCAUCUCGGUGACCGUCCACGCUGCCCUCGUGGCUCUGCAGCAGCCCUUGAUCAGUUUUACCCGUCCGGGAAGAGGCUCCUGGCUUGGUAAAGGCGGGCCAGACACGGGACCAGAACAAUCUAGCCUCUCUCUGGAAAACCUGGUCUUCGGAGCUGGAUACUGCAAGCCGACUUCCUCAGAGGGGAGCUUCUACGUGCCGUCCGAGAACUGCAUGCAGCGUGCACACCGGUGGCACCGGCAGCUGUGCUUCCUGCUGCUACAUGCCCACCGGGGACUCCGCGCCUACUUCCUGGUCAUCAUGAGGGACAUCCCAGAGCUGCCGCACACGGAGCUGGAGUCCCUUGCUGUUGAGGAAACGCUCUCUCAGCUGUGCUCAGAGCUACAGAUGUUGAACAAUCCCGAGAAGAUAGCCGAGCAGAUAAGUAAGGAUCUCGCCUGGCUCACCUCCCACGUGAUGGCUCUGUGGACCCAGUUCCUAGACACAGUGACUCUACACUCCCAGGUGACCUCUUAUCUCACCCAGGAACAUCACACCUUGAGGGUCCGAAGGUUUUCUGAGGCCUUCUUUUAUAUGGAGCACCAAAAGCUUGCAGUUCUGACCUUUCAGGAGAAUCUGAUACAGACCCACAGCCAGUUGUCUCUGGACAUCCGAAACUCGGAGUACCUCACCACCAUGCCCCCGCUGCCCGCGGAGUGCCUGGACAUUGAUGGCGACUGGAACAACUUGCCAGUUAUCUUUGAGGACAGAUACGUGGACUGCCCUGCAACAGGGUACAAUUUGAGUGCUUACCCUAAUUUUGAUGUUCCAACGACAAGUCCUGCAAUAAUGAAUCUAAAAGACAGAGAAGAGGACCCUAUUGUAAAUAGAAAAUCACCUUUUAGGGAAGACCUUGUCUUGCCCACCAUGAAACCACCCCAAGUGGACUCUGAUGAGGAAGUUAUUAGGUGUCCAGAGCCAGAUGACAACAUAACCACCCCAAAAUGUGUGGACAUGUGCUCUGAAUCUCAGGUGUAUCUGACAAUUGGUGAGUCCCAGAACAAAGCAGGUUUGCCUGAAGAGGAAUGUUGGACUGGCCAGUGGUCUGAUGUUGGAACACAUCCACGGGCAGAUGAGGACCUGCCCAGAAGGAGCCCAGGUCCGGAGGAUGGCCAGGCCCCGGCACUCACCUACAUUGAUGUGAAAUCUAGCAAUAAGAGGCCUUGCAGUACUGAGCCCACAGUGGUCAUUAGAGCUCAGCAGGAGAGUGGGCACUCUGCAGAUAACUAUGAAUCACACAGAGCUGUGCCAGGCCAAGAGGUAGUGGGCGGAGGUUGUCAAAAUGCCAUCCUUUCAGAGAAAAUAAUGCUCCAUGAAUCAAGUACUCUAGGAAAGGUUGCAGACCAGGAGGGCAAGAUGGCGCUGCUAAGUCUGAAGCUCAUCCCCUCUGAGCCCUGCGAUCCACUAAACUCGACUUUGAGGGAUCCUUUGAAUGUUAGGGCUUCCCCAAAGGACCCUCACUCAGAGGAGCAGGAGGAAGUGUCGGUGCUCUCUGGGGUCAUCAAGAGAUCUUCUUCCAUCAUCUCUGAUUCAGGCAUUGAGAGCGAGCCAAGCUCUGUUGCCUGGUCCGAGGCACGAAGCAGGGCCCUGGAGUUACCCAGUGACCGGGAAGUCUUGCACCAUCUGGUUCGAAGACAUGCCCUGCACAGGAACUCCUUAGAGGGUGGACACACAGAGAGCAAUACGAGUUUGCCAAGUGGGAUCCAGGCGUCUCUCACCUCCAUUAGCUCUUUGCCUUUUGAGGAGGAAGAACGGGAGCUGGCACUCACCAAGUUGACCAAGUCUGUGUCUGCACCCCAAAUCAGUAGCCCAGAGGGAUCUGCUGAAGACGCAGACACCAUGCAGCAAGGUGGAGGUCUUGCUGAAAGUCCAGCCGUACCCAUGGAGAGCGUAGACUCCCUGGGAUCCAGAAUCCAGGAUGCUGGGGCAGACCAUUCCCUUGUUCAGGUGGUUCCAGGUGCCGACAGCCAGCAGGGCCCUGGUUACAUAGACAUCCCCAAAGGCACAGAGAGUCAGUUUGAUCCUCAAGGGCCUUGUUACCUUGAUGGCAGGACUGAGAACCCUCUGGGUGUUGAAACCAAAGGUCUUAAUGUAAAAAUACCACGUAUCCUAGCACUUGAAAUCCCUAGGCACGGAUCUUGUCCUAGAGUACUAACGGAGACCCCAGAGGGCAUGCCUGAAGACUUGAAUGUGGGGAAAGGCGCUCUUUCCGACAGCAGCAUCUCAGAUGAUGAGACGAUCGCCCACCAUAAGGUGCCUGAAUGGAGCUGUAGGGCAGCUGCUGAUGCCAGUGGCCUGGGUUCCACGGGCGAGCAGAGCAGCUCACCGCGCAUCAUUGAUGAUGCAGCAGUUAGCGAAGGAGCUCACGCUCCUCUGGAGGCUGGACGUGAAGCAGGCCCCAUGUGCUCUCCUGUGACUCACUCCAUUCACUCCCAGGUUUUAGGAAACCAAGAGCCAAAGGCAGGCACUUCCGUCAUGGCGUCCCACCUGAGCCCGGCGGAGACCUUCACUCUGGACAGCCUGAAGGCCGUGGAGGUCGUCAACCUGUCCGUGUCUUGCACUGCCACGUGUCUCCCUUUCUCCUCUGUGCCCAAGGAGACCCCUGCCCGGGCUGGGUUCUCUGCCAAGCAGACCCCGUUGCCCAUCACUCAUCAGCCCUUGGGUUCCUUUGCAGUGGUCUCUACGCAUUCGAGCAAGUUGGAGGAAGAAGUCAGUGAAAGGAUGUACAGUUUUUAUCAGGCCAAAGAAAAAUUUAAAAAAGAACUGAAGAUUGAUGGAUUUCUGUACAGUGACUUAUCUGUACUAGCUUCUGAUAUACCGUAUUUCCCACCAGAGGAAGAGGAAGAAAAUUUGGAAGAUGGGAUUCACCUGGUAGUCUGUGUCCAUGGCCUAGAUGGGAACAGUGCGGACCUCCGCCUGGUAAAGACUUUCAUAGAACUGGGACUUCCUGGAGGAAAGCUGGACUUCCUAAUGUCUGAAAAGAAUCAGAUGGACACAUUUGCGGAUUUUGAUACCAUGACGGAUCGGUUGUUGGAUGAGAUCAUUCAGCACAUCCAGUUGUACAACCUCUCCAUAUCCCGAAUUAGCUUCAUCGGCCAUUCCCUUGGCAACAUCAUCAUCCGGUCGGUCCUCACGCGGCCCCGGUUUCGGUAUUACCUCAACAAACUCCACACAUUCCUGUCGCUGUCUGGGCCUCACCUGGGGACGCUGUACAACAACAGCACCCUGGUUAGUACAGGCUUGUGGCUCAUGCAGAAAUUAAAGAAAUCCGGGUCCCUUCUGCAGCUGACCUUCAGGGAUAACGCCGAUCUGCGCAAAUGUUUCCUCUACCAACUAAGCCAGAAAACAGGUCUGCAGUAUUUCAAAAAUGUCGUGCUCGUGGCUUCUCCCCAAGAUCGCUAUGUGCCAUUUCAUUCAGCCAGGAUCGAAAUGUGUAAAACUGCCCUCAAAGACAGACACACAGGGCCCGUGUACGCGGAGAUGAUCAACAACCUCCUGCGCCCCCUGGUGGACGCCAAGGACUGCACUUUAAUCCGGCACAACGUGUUCCACGCGCUGCCCAACACUGCCAACGCCUUGAUCGGCCGAGCCGCGCACAUCGCCGUGCUGGACUCCGAGCUCUUCCUCGAGAAGUUCUUCCUGGUGGCGGGGCUCAACUACUUCAAGUAG